GGAACGUCAAGUGGGAGCGAUGGAAAGCUCGUCGCAUAAGUGAUCAAGUGGGCCGUGCGAGCUUUUUCCAGCUUUUCCCGAACGGAAAUGACCGGAGCGCGGAAAACGGCAUGUGAGAAAACGAUGUGAUUCUUCGUCGCGGACGAACUAAAAACACAGUGAUUUCGAAGGAAUUGAGAUUUUCAUAUUUUCGAUUAGACAGCGAUUUUGGUUUGUCGUUCGACACUUUUUUGGAAAUUUUUCUAGACGUUGAUGGAUCUACUUAUUCUUCAUAAACACUUAAAAGAUGUUUGAGAGGUACGUUCAAGAGCGCUACUUUUCCUAUCAGUAAGGUUUAAUUCGAUGAAGGUGUCAGAUUGUGAUGUUGAGACUGAGCAUGUUGUUGAGCUGCAUUUUCAUGACAAAUACCGCUUUAGACGAGAAACACUUGGCUUCCAACUUUUUAUUAGAGAAACGUGAGAUUUCCCAAGAUUUCGAAAAAUAUUCCGUCACCUGUUAUAUCUGCGUCAACGUUUCGGACAAUCUUGUUUGCAAUCAGUUCGCCAUUGACCGACCGUGCAAACCUGGGGAGACUUUUUGCCACACUUUGCACAUAAUGGACUCGAAGGGCACCAGUGUUCUCGUUAACAAGAAGUGCACUACGGACAAGGAGUGCCAGAGGACGAAGGUCGGCUGCGUCGAAGUCGACUCGCAAAAGAUCUGCGUCUCCUGCUGCGAUCAAGAUUACUGCAACAUCAACGUUCCCACCAACUCCAGCAACGCCCUCUUCGACGACAAAAUCACCAAGAUGCGAAUGCUGGCCAAGAACCUAUUCCGCGAAAGAGAAAAGGCCCUCACAACCACCAUCAAGGACACUAACAGUGCUUUCACCAGUCACACCGGUUCACUCCUGACCAUGGCUUGGUUAAUUUUACACGUCAUUUAAGCCCCGCCACUACCACCACCACCACAAAUCAAAACCGAAAUCAAAAUUCUCGACCCACAAGAUUUAGUUGCUUUCGUGUUUUCCGUCCUUUGUUUCCCUCUUGCUUUCGUUAUCGACAAUCACGCACAAGAAGGAGAACUGGAAGACGAUUGGUGAAGGGACGGCAGCUGGUGAUGGAUCUGCGAACUUAUUUUUAUACCUUUUCUCGUAGCUUGUUACUGUCCGCAUCUGUUGGUUUCGUUGUUUGGAUUUGGGAGUACAUGCGCCGAUUUUUAUUCACAAUGUCAUGUUUAUUAUCAACGAAUACUCAUAUGUUGUACGGAUUUAUUACCGUUAUGUAUUAAGUCUAUUAAAGAAUUAAAUUCAGCUAAAUAAA